AUGCCUUUUGAAAUAAUGAAUCAGAGAGGUGUUACUGCUUCAUCUCACCUUUAUGAUGAUGUUUCCUAUGCUUCUGAGAAGAAUAUUGGAUUACGGAAGCCAAAAUCCAUUCAUGAUGAUUAUGCACAAGGGAAGAGUGAAAUUGCAGCUUCACCUGGAAGCAUUUUGCAUACUUCAUCAACCCUUGAAAGAAACGCAAAAACAGGCUUGCCAAUGUCACAGACUAGUCUAUCUGGAGAAAUUUCAGAAAACCUACACUUUGGUGGACAAGCUGGCAUUGUAGAUGCGCUGAAGGAUUCAAAAGAAUCGCUGAAUUAUCAUCCGAGAUCAUGGUCUGAUGUACAUAAGCAGCCAGCAUCUAGCUCGUAUGGUUUAAUUGGCAACAAGAUUGUCACCAAUGCAGGUUCACGUGAAAGCAGUCUAUUCUCAAGCUCACUCUCCGAUAUGUUUAGCCAAAAGUUGAGGUUGUUGGGAAAUGGUGUUCUGUCUGAUCAGAACAAAACUGCUGGUCUUCUUCCUGAGGAAGAACCAUACAAAUCUCUUGAAGAAGUCGAGGCUGACACCAUAGGGGAUCUCCUUCCUGAUGAAGAUGAUCUGUUUUCCGGUGUCAAUGAUGAAUUAGGAAGCAGUGUUCAUGCCAGAGCAAAUGAUGAUUUUGAAGAUUUGUUCAGCAGUGGUGGAGGCAUGGAGUUGGAAGGAGAUGAACUCCUAGUUUCAGGAAAAAGAAUCAGUGGCUUGGAUGGAGAUCCUGCUUACUUUGGGGGUUCUAAAGGCAAAAGUCCUUUUGGUGAACAAUCUUCUAGAACACUUUUUGUUAGAAACAUUACUAGCAAUGUAGAAGACUCAGAGCUAAAGGCUCUCUUUGAGCAAUAUGGAGAUAUCCGAACCAUUUAUACUGCCUCCAAGCAUCGUGGCUUUGUUAUGGUUUCUUAUUAUGACCUAAGGGCAGCACAAAAUGCAAUGAAAGCACUUCAAAAUAAUAGGUCAUUGAAUUCCAGGAAACUGGAUAUACAUUAUUCAAUUCCAAAGGGAAAUGCUUCAGAGAAGGAUAUUUGCCAUGGCACACUGAUGAUAUCUGGUCUUGAUCCAUCUGUUUUAAAAGAUGAACUAAAACAUAUUUUUGGAUUUUAUGGAGAAAUCAAAGAAAUCUAUGAAUACUCAGAAAUGAAUCAUAUCAAAUAUAUUGAAUUUUAUGAUGUUCGAGGCGCAGAAGCUUCUCUCCGUUCAUUGAAUGGGAUCUGCAUUGCUGGGAAGCAUAUCAAGCUUGAACCUGGCCAUCCUAAGAUUGCAACAUGUAUGAUGCAGCCGUCUCAAAAGGGACCAGAUGAACCUGAUCUUGGUCAUAAUCUCAAUGACAUCCUAUUCUUAAGACAAAAGGGACUGUCUUCUGGAGUUAUUCCAUCUGGUGGAGGCUUGGAAAAUGGAUAUAAUCAAAGAUUCCAUUCUCCAUCACAGCUGCCUUUGAAUGCUUUCCUUGACGACACAAUUUUUCACAGUAUUUCCAACACCACAAGAGGGCCAUCUGCUGUUCCAAGAUUCCACCCUCAUUCUUUGCCUGAGUAUUUUGAUGGCCUGGCUAAUGGUAGUCCUUACAAUUUGUCAAACACCAUUAAAAUGGCUGCCAAUAUUGGAACUGGAUCCACAGAAGCAUCUGAUGGCAGGCACAUUCAGGGAAUGAGCUCAACUGGGAACUCAGCAGAUUUUAAUGCAGGAGGAAAUGGGAGCCUUCCCCAUCACCAGCUUUAUCAUAUGUGGAAUGGCUCAAACUUGCGUCAGCAAUCUCCAUCAAAUGCAGUGGUUUGGCAGAAGACACCAUCUUUUGUUAAUGGUGCUUGUGCUCCAGGUCUUCCACAGAUGCCCAGUUUUGCCAGGUCACCGGCUCAUGUUCUGAGAGCAUCACAUAUAGACCACCAUGUUGGAUCAGCACCAGUUGUUACAGGAUCACCCUGGGAAAGACAACAUUCUUACUUGGGAGAGUCUCCCGAUACUCCUGGUUUUAGAUUGGGUUCUCUAGGAAAUGGAGGUUUUCAUGGUAGCUGGCAGUUGCAUCCUCCAGAUCUUUCUAGCAACAUGUUUUCUCAUGUUCGUGGGAAUGUUAACGAUUUGACAUCCAGUGUUGGGCAGGGUUCUCCUAAGCAGUUGUCGCAUGUCUUCCCUGGGAGAAUUCCCAUGACUUCAAUGUCAAAAUUUGAUUCCACCAAUGAACGAAUGAGAAACCUCUAUCAUCGCAGAAGUGAAGCAAACAAUAACAAUGCUGAUAAAAAACAAUUUGAACUUGACCUAAGCCGCAUAUUGCGCGGGGAAGACAACCGAACAACGCUUAUGAUAAAAAAUAUUCCCAACAAGUAUACUUCAAAGAUGCUUCUUACAGCCAUAGAUGAGAGUUGUCGGGGAGCUUAUGAUUUUCUGUAUUUGCCAAUUGAUUUCAAGAACAAGUGUAACGUUGGCUAUGCAUUCAUCAAUAUGAUUGAUCCUGGUCAAAUCGUUCCAUUCCACCAGGCUUUUAAUGGGAAAAAAUGGGAGAAGUUUAACAGUGAAAAGGUAGCCGUGCUUGCAUAUGCUCGGAUUCAAGGAAAAUCUGCUCUUAUUGCUCAUUUCCAGAAUUCAAGCUUGAUGAAUGAAGAUAAACGUUGUCGUCCUAUUCUAUUCCAUACAGAUGGUCCAAAUGCUGGUGAUCCGGAGCCUUUUCCCUUGGGUGCCAAUAUUAGAGUAAGGCCCGGAAAAUUACGUAAUAGUAUCAACGAGGAAAACCGUAUUCAAGGGAAUUCUUCAUCUUUGGCAAGUGCUGAGGAGUUUGCUAGUGGAAUAGAUUCUUCACCGAGUUCUUCAAGAGACACUGACUGA